UUAAAAGGUUCAAGAAGCAUAACUUGUCAAAGUAACGGAAGCUGGUCUGCAGCGAGUCCAACCUGUGUACAUCUCGGUAAGUCUUAAUCCUAAAGCAUGUCUGUCAGUUCUAGAUCUGUUUACUUCGAAGCCGCUUGAGAUGCGGAGCACGCGUCCCCUUCCCCACCAUUUUGUCCAGUACGUUGGGAUGACAAUUCCGUGGUUAAGGGCCUAUCCACACGUAUAUAUUCGGAUUCGUUUGUGUAAGAUCGUAGUCCGAAAUCGUUUGUAUCCUGGACACAUUUUGUUAAUAAUACGCCUUCCGUGAGUGAUUUUCGAAGAAAUUAAGGAGAUCUGGAAAUGUUUAUCUUUUUUAUGCUCAGUGGUUGAUUUUCUGGUAUGUUCAUAUUGGAGCAUCCAAAUGGAGAUGGAUAAUUACAUUGUUUAGCAAAAUUAAUAAAUAAUGAAAUAAAUAACAUUGUAUUCUACAUUUUCUUUAGCAGUUGCAUUUUAAGAGGGUGUUCGGUUACCGUUCGUCAUGAAAACACUAAAAAUUUAGCGUGAAUCGUGAGGGAAAAAUACUGUUUAUCGUUUCAGAACACUUUUCAAAGAUUUACCGUUAAAAUAGGAAAAUGUUAGCCUUAUUGUUACCGUUAAAAACCAAAAUUUUUACCGUUUACUGAUUUUCAGACCACCUCAAUCUAGACCCUCUUUUCAGAACCCCACAAAUGGAUGUUGAAUAGCGCAUUUUGUGUAGAACUGUACCUCCAAUAAGAACAUAAUUUAAUUUUAGCGGAUAAAGUUCAGUAGUAUUAGCGCAAUACUAAUUGACACCAUUCACAGAGACAAAUAUAAUGUUGAACUGAGCAGAACAAAUGAGCGCGUUGACUAAAAUACCACAGGUGUUGCAUUUUGUUUUCAGGGAAAAAUUGUCCGGACCCUGGAAGACCUAGAAAUGGUGAUGUGAAAGGAUUGUUUGGGUUUGGAGAGAAAAUUUAUUACACUUGUGAUGAAUGUUAUGAAUUGAAAGGUCCUGCUGAUAGACAAUGUCAAGCUGAUGAGAAAUGGACUGGCACUCAACCUACAUGUGAAUGUAGGCAUAUUUUGGGUGUCAUUUAUGUUGGAGAAAGUGCCUAUGGCUAAUGGGGCAGAUUUCCAUCAACAUUUGUAUAGAUAUCGUAUUUUGCAGACAAAACGCACUUAGCUUAUGCAUGGGUUAUCAAGGCCUUUUUUAACUAUAAUAACUGGGAGGACAUAACUCCCCUGCCCUCCAAUUGUGCCCCCGCACUCAACCAUUUUGAUCCCUCCCACACCUUUUCUCUAAAAUACUAGAAAAAUGUUGGAAGAAAAUCAUCUGGUAACUGAAAUUUGCGUUGGUAAUUUUAUGUCAUGUCUUUUAACUUCAAAUAAUUCAAUGUCUUUUUAAAAAUGCUAAACGUUAACAUUGUGUUGCAAAUACCUUACAUUUUGAGCCUAUUGAUUUGAGUUGUCGGAAGGCCAGGCUAAACAAGUUAGUGGACACGUUGGGGUAUUUACAUAAACAUACCACUAAUUAACUGAAGGUUCGGUCUUUCUGCAGUAUAAUGUUACGCUGUAUAAUCCAAAAACAUGUUUCAGAAAACGUACGAAAUGCAGUCCUACGGGUGGAAAAAUACAACAUUUUUCCAGCACAAUUUUGUCAACAACAACCACCCGACAUCCCUCUACACUUUGUAUAGUAUGGCAAACGGACGAACUCUCAAAACAGACCCGGCCCUGAAGGUUAGCGUGGUAUAUUAUAAUCUCUAAGGAUAGUUCUCUGUCAAUAAGGUUACCUUAUGCGAUUUAGGCUUCUUUUCCAAAGUACACUUACAUUUCUGUAUAUCGGCGGCGUUCAAAUGUCUUGUGGGCUCCUGCCAAGAAGCUUGCCCUAUUUUCCGUUUUUGCCCUAUUUUUCACAUUUUGGAACACCAAUAACUCGAACACCGCUUGAAAAUCAAAGUAAACGUUUAAUUUGCACGUUUAUGCAAACGGAUUACUAACCUACUAAAAAAUUUCUUCAACCGAUUUUUAUAAAUGACUAGUUAUAUUAAUAUAUAUCUUUUUAUCAUACAGCUGUAAAAUGUAGCUUCCUUCAAAAUCCAGCCAAUGGGUAUGUGACCUCCAACUCACAGCAGUGUAACAAUACUGUACAAUACCACUGUGAUUGUGGCUACCGUUUGAAUGGAUCACCGAGGAGACGUUGUCAGAGAAAUGGCAUGUGGACAGGAAACGAACCAGUUUGUAAACGUAAGGACACAGACUAUUGACCAUGUUCCUAGCCAGUGCGCUAAGUAGGGGCGUCCCCCUCCUCGGAAACAGUCAAAAUCGUAGGCUUGUUUUUAGAUGUUCGGUGCAUGGCAGGGAGGGGGGUGACUGCUUCCCAUUAGCGCACUAAGUUGCAACCGGUAAUGGGUGUUUUGUUGAGUCGGGCCUUUGUAUCAUGUAUACUCUGCGCCAAGGCUGACAUAUAGUAUAAUGUAGAAAACAGAUGGAUUAUAGGUGACGACCGACUAUGUAAUAUACGGUCCGUCUAGUCACUAUGCAGACGGACUUACUCGCGGAUAAUUUUUAUACACACAAUACGCCUGUGUGUAUACUGUAUGUUACGUACUGGACGAAACACAAAAAACAUCGCUAUCGAUCUUGAGCAGAAGCGAUAGAACGGUAAGCCCCUGCCCUCUAUUUAGCCCCAUACUCUAUUAAUUAAAUUUCAAGAACACAAUGCUGUGUAUAAAAUGUUCUCUUAUAUACUGUAUAUGGAAAUUAUAAGAAAAUUUCUCCAAAUGCUUCUCGGCUGACGAUUCUCCUUUUAAGCUAUAAGGACCCCCAGCUUGCAGCAUUUCGAGCACUUCUAAUAACCCUCUUGUCCUGAACCACUGGAAAAAUAAGCCCAUAGAUGGCUGCUGAAUAGAGGAAAUACAGUAUUAGCGUUAAAACAGUACGCUUCAAUUAUUCAACAAGAUGAUGCCGAAUAGACAUUAUCUUCUCCAUGCACUCGUUCGUAUAAACAUGGAAAAAAGACCUUCGCUGAGUUUCCAGAUGCAUCCUGGUUGAAUAUGUGUCGACCAGGGCUUUUUUGAGGAUUUUUCCGUGGGAAGGAGGGAUCAUUUUUGAAAAGGGACCUUUCGGUGAGAUAAUAUUUUAGAGGGGGAUAGCAAUGGCUGAAGGCCACGUGUAUGGCCGACAUACUACGCAUGAAUAGGGGGGUCUGGGGGCAUACUCUCUCAGAAAAUUUUUGAAAUGUGAAGCCCGGAAAUGCUAUUUCCUGCAUUCCGAGCAUCCAAAUUUGCUUUAAAAUUUAUGCCAACUUUACUUGUAUUUGAAAUAAAAGAAGGAAAAAACGCACGUAACACAAACGUAACAAUUUAAAUCGAUUUUGUUAAACAGAGACAAAGGAAAAAGCCUAAAACUGACUUGAUGUUUAUCUAUUUGUUAUUCUUCGCUGGUUUGUUUGUAUAAAUUUUUGAAAAAGAGGGGCAAAAUGUGAUUUCAUGGUAGGGGGGGGGGCACAAUGGGGGAUGGAGGGGGGGCAUUUGCCACACACACCAGUUUGUAUGUCUAAACAGGCCCUGGUGUCGACUAUGACUAUGGAUGAUGUGUUUUAGCUGUUCGAUCAUUAUUAAGAUGAUCCAUGCAUAUACUGUAAGGCCAGUAGAUAUUACUUAAAUUAGCAGUACAUCAGAAUCCCGUUGCAAUGCUCUAACAAAUUGAACUACAACAUCCAGUUUAUAAACACUACCACAAAUUCAUGUAUAUGUAUAAAGAAGUGAUGGCAGUAGAAGGCCAGUUGGAAAAAUCUCGUAAUUUUUGGGCAUGUAUUUCGAUAAAACAAAUAGUAUAUGCGUUCUCGUAACAUGUAGUUGUAUUUCCUCAUCUGUUUCUGGUUAUAGGUCUAAAAUUGUAUGCAAUUUACGUUCGAAAAUUCCAUUUACGAAAACUCAUACUCUAUUUAUUGUGUUCUACCAACCAGAUGCCCUAAAUAUUGAUAUUUAAUACCCACUAAAGACUUAAAGCAGUUUUUUCUUACAGUUAAAAUCUGCCAAGAUCCAGGCACACCACGGAGAGGUAGCAAGAAAGGAAAUCUACAAGUUGGACAAACGCUCUACUACUCGUGCGAUCAGUGCUACCAACUUAGAGGUAGCCCAAAUAGAACAUGUCAAUGUGAUCUAAGCUGGUCGGGACGCCAACCCAUAUGCACUGGUGAGCUUAUUGGUUUCAGUUUUGCAUUUUUAUUCUUGAGUUUUCAGUUUUUAGCAACUUUAACCAUGGCGGUUGGGUGUCCCCCUCUCCUCCGCCCGUCCUAAUCUACAGUACUACUCUUGUGAAAAUCUGAUAUCCGUGCAAAAAAUAGGUGCAGGAAUGCUAUUUCUGGAAUAACAAUAAAAUAUGUUACGGGUUUUCGGCGUUAUAGACUUUCUUCAAAACUCGUCUCGGAAUGCGAAAUCUGGAAAUGCUGUUGUAGAGAACAAUGUUGAAAUUCAAAAUUUCUGUGGUAGAGAGUGCCCGUCGGACACCCCUAGAGUUAUUAGUGUUCGUGUGUUUGGAAUUUAUGUUUGCUUUCUCCCCACUCCCACUGCCAAAGUCACGAACCUGGUUGCAUGUGGCACUGUUAAAAUUAAAGAAAAUUUGCUUUGUAUCUGUCCAAAUGGAAUUGAAUUACUUUUUGGAAAGUUAGUCUCAGUCUGAAAUCCUGUAUUGGACAGCCCCAGUUGCUAUCAUAUUUUACUGAAAUACAGCAGUUUCACUGAAUAGUUAUAACGCACCAACAGUCACUCAAAUUUGGCGUAAAAUCUAUCAAAUCUAUGGGCAAAUUUACUCAAAUUGUUUAGUACAAUAUGAAAUUACUCUUUCUUUGAACUCUAUAUAAGGUUCGCUUUACUAAAAAAUAAUUUGCUGGUAAAUUUGAAUAAUUUUGCUCUAUGAUUCACUGCGGGUGCAUUAUUUACGCAACAAUUUUUUUAGUCAAAUUUGUUUGCCGUUUCCACUGUUUUACGACAUUUAGCCGUGCGAUGCAGCGGGUUACGUCACCCUACAAAUGGAAGAAUAACUGAAUAUUCAAGGUACUGCGGAAGAAAACAAACACAAUUUCUAUGUUAUUCUGGCUAUCAGUUAAGAGGUUCAAGAACAAUAACUUGUCAAAGUGACGGAAGCUGGUCUGCAGUGAGUCCAACAUGUGUCGGUAAGUUUUAUUCCUUAAACAUUUCUUUCAGUUUUAGUUAAAGGCGGAGCACGAGUCCCCUUCCCCCACCUUCUUGUCCAGUUCGGAUAACAAUUCCGUGGCUAAGGCCCCGUCCACAACUAUUCGGGUUCGUUUGUAUCAGAUCGUAUAGUGCGAAUUCGUUUGUGUCCUGCAAACAUUUUGUUGUGGAUGCGGCUUCCGCCAGUGAUUUGUGAAGCAAAUGGGGGGGGGGGAUGUGGAGUCCUCCCCCAGAUUAUGUUUAUAUUUUUGAUGCUCAAUGGCUCUAUUUGGCAUUUUUAGGCUGGCGAUUCCACUGGGAAAUCGACAAGCACAUUUUUGGCAAACUUAAUAAAUAAAUAGAUGUAUGAAUAACAUUGUAUCUUAAGAACUACUGACACAAAUGGAUUUUGAACGGCACAUUUUGUGUAGAACUGCACUUCCUUGAAAGAGCAUCAUUUAGUUUUAAAAGAUUAAGUAUACAGUAUGGCGAUGAUAAAUGUAAAUUGCAGUUGAACAGAACAAAUGAACGUGUUGACUAAAAUACCAUAAUUAUGUUGCAUUUUCUUUUCAGAAAAAAGUUGUCCGGAACCUGAAAGCCAAAAAAAUGGGAUUGUGAAAGGAUUGUAUAGCCCGUUCAGGAUUGGAGAGAAAAUUUAUUACUCUUGUGAUCAAUGUUAUAAAUUGAUAGGACCUGCUAAUAGACAAUGUCAAGCUGAUGAGCGAUGGACUGCCACUCAACCUACAUGUGAACGUAAGUACAGGAUUACCUUUGUUGUCAUUUAUGCUGGCGAAAUUUUACCAGGGCAAACCUGCAGAUUUUCUUCAAAAUCCAUGUUCGUGAUAUCGAAUUUGUAUACUUUUAAAGCGCACUUUAUUAUUAUUAUCUUUUUCUUUAGCCAGGAUACCCACAUCACCACUGACAGUGUUUUUCAGUGGGGUCCUGCAAUUAUAAAUUAGAUGUACCAUACUGAAAACGUACAUCUUUUACAAUUCAUGUACGGUAUAUAAUUAUCACUUAUUUACUGAGAUCGAGGGAAACAGUCUUCAAAACACGCUGCUUUCCCGAGGUCUCAGUAAAUAAGUGUUUUGUUAUAUAGUAUACAGUAUAAGUGUCAAAGUAUAAAUAAUUCACCGGUUAUUGGAAUGAACUUAAUUUGAAACCAAAACUGGAUAAAUGGAACGCCGUAAAUGUUUAGUAAAAAGUUUAAAAAAUGAAUUUCGGAACUUCAUUGUUGACACGCAUGCGCAUUGCACCUAUUUUAUUAUUGACCGGUCAAUAUAUGUUUGAUUGUGGACCGGUUGCCGAACAUGACGUUUUGUGGACCGGCACGUGACACGGUUUUGACCAAUCGGCAAACAGAAAAAUUGAACGUUGGCACUAACUAUAUAACAAUACAAUUUACAUGAAUAUUUGUAUAUAUAGGCUAUAGCAAGUUAUAGCAAGUAAAAUUUGAGGGGAGUCAAGAAGUAACAUGAAAGAGUAGAGGAAAGGAAACACAGUGGAUAAAGAAAAAGAGAAAUUUGAACAAAACUAAAGAAAGAAAGAUUUGAAGACAGAUGAUAAAGAGAGGUCCACUGCCACAUGCUAUGCACACUGUGUCUUUUUAAUUAGGUCUUAAAGUUAGAUAGAGAUUCAAAAUUUUUAAGUUCAUGCAGGUUCAAGGUUAUUAAAGUCUACAGAAGCUUUGUAUGUUGAUCGACGUUUUGCUUUGUUUGUCUUGUUGGAGAUUGAUUAACAUAUAUAUAUAUAUAUAUAUAUAUAUAUAUAUAUAUAUAUAUAUAUAUAUAUAUAUAUAUAUAUAUAUAUAUAUAUAUAUAUAUAUAUAUAUAUAUAUAUAUGAAAUAAAGUACAAAACAAAAGAAACAAUAAAUAAUAUUAUAAAUAAAUUAUAAAUAUUAUAAUUAUAAAAAAAUAAAAUGUAUCUAUUUAUUAAAAAAAUGUAAAUAAAUAAUUAAAUAAAUAAAUUAAAUAAAUAAUUAAAUAAAUUUAAAUUUUUUCAUAAAUAAUUAAAUAAAUUUAGCUGUACUAAAAAGUAUUGAGCAAUCUACAUUAUAUCAAGAAAACUUGAAUUGUUAUAUAUAUAUAUAUAUAUAUUGCUCAUUGUGAUAAAAAUGCACUGUCACUUUUCCAUACCUUGUAAAUUUAUUAUAUAAAACGGCUUAUAUAGCCUCGUUGAACUCUUCAAGUGUUGACAUCUCGGAAUCAUUUAAAGCGUUAAAUGAUAUAAAAUAUCAUCUGACUGUAAUCACAUGUUUAAUUGAACAAUUUCAAAUGUUGUUUCCUCAAAAAAAAAUGGCGAAAAAAGCCCCCAAACUGUCGAAAAACCACGAUUUGCAAGAAACAGGCGAAUUUUGCAAGAAACGGCACAAGAUCUCCCAGGCGCUCCUCAAUUUUCGAUGCCUCAAGCCCAUAACUCCCUGCGCUUGUUCGUCGCGGUGCACUACUUCAUGUAAAGCUUUCAUAUAGUGACUCGCAUGAAAUUUUUUAUUAGCGCCUGGGGACGAGGCAGAUAAAUAAGGUACUUUUUGUUCAUCGACAAGUAAUAAAUGUCUAAAAAUACGCAUCUAAAUCGUGAAUUUUCCAUUUUUUGAAUAAUUGUCUUGAUAUAGUCGGUUACAAAUUGUUAUUGUUUAUUUAAUCCAAAAUAUUAAAUAUGACUAUAGUGAAGAUAUGGAAAAUAUCUCGCUGUGCAUUUUUCAGUAUCUCACUCUCUACUAUAUAAUAAAUCUUUCUAUCUUACAGCUGUCACAUGUAGCUUGCUUCAAUAUCCAGUCAAUGGAUAUCUGACCUUCAACUCACAGCAGUGUAACAGUAUUGUACAAUAUAAUUGUUGGUAUGGCUACCAAUUGAAUGGAUCACCCAAGAGACGUUGUCAGGGCAAUGGCACGUGGACAGGAAACGAACCAGUUUGUGAACGUAAGGACACAGAGUAUAUACUACCUAGAAGUCCGACUUCUUGUCGGCGGUUUUGAUGUCGGCUAGUGUAACCGGCCGCCAUGUUCCUAGCCAGUGCGCUUGAUGGGAGAGGCCGUCAUCCUCCUCGAAAACAGUCAAAUUUAUAGGCUUGUUUUAGACGUUUAGCGCAGCGCAGGAGGGUAAAUGCCUCCCAUUGCGCACUAUCUUGCAGCCGGUAACGGGGAUUAUACCUAAUCGGACCUCCAUAUUAUCUAUACUCUGUGGCACGACUGGCAUAGAGUAUUCUGUAGCAAACAGAUAGAUUAUUCGUGACGACCGAUUAUCUAGUAUACAGGCCGUCUAGUCACUACAAACGGCUUGCUUGCGGAGUUUGUUUAUGUAUAUAAUGAUUUAUUAAAACCUCCAGUCUAAAGCCACUGGGAAAAAAUACGCCCGUAGAUUGCUGCUGAAUAGACGAAAAAGCGUAGUGGCGUUUCCACAGUACGCUUGAGUCAUUCAACGAGAUGAUGCCAAAAGGAUAUUGUCUUCCCCAUUGAUAGGUUUGCAUAAACAUACACAAUAAAAUAUUCGCAGACUUUCCAGACCUUACCUUGUUUGACUAUAUGUAUCGACUAUGACUACGGAUAACGUUUUUCUGACCAGUUCAAUCCUUAAUUGAAGGUGAUCCAUUUACCGUAGGGCCAGUAUAGACACCAAUAGUACACAUAAAUUUUUUGGAGAUGGAAUUUUCGAACGUAAACUUCUACACACUUUAAUUUAUAGAACUAGCGAUUCGGCCCUGUGAUUCCGUUGCAGCGGUCUGACCAACAGAAUCCAGUUUCUGAGCAUUACCACGGAAUGAUUCAUGUAUAAUGGAGUGCUGGCAGUAGAAGGUAUAUGGAUAAAUGUCGAAAUUCUGGGCAUUUUCCAUUGCUUCUCGUAGAUGGAAUUUUCGAACGCAAAUUUCUAUACACCUUUAGAGAGAUGCAGCGGAAUAACAGGACCACGGGUUCGAUUCCUGCCAGACGGCUUCUACUGUAGUUCCAUUUCUCCCAACUGUUCCUGCUUAGGUGUAAAAGUGGAUAAAAUAUAUUUACGUUCGAAAAUAUCACAUACGAAAACCCAUUAUACCCUAUUUGUCCUACGAAGAUUGAGACUUAAACAACCUCGUACCCAGGGUUUUUUGCUCCCGCGGUUGGAUGGUCAGCGAAAAAAUCCCUGGCAUUGGCUGGUCUGUUUUGCAACUUCAUUGGUCAAUGAUUUUGAAUGUAAGUAAUCAAAAUUCUAUAUAUUACCACAUAUUAAUAUGAUUGAAUUUUGAGUACUUACAUUCAAUAAUAAUUAUUUUGGUGGAACUAUUUGGUCCAAAUUAGCUAAGUCUUAAAGUUUGUACAUUUUGUAUAAAGAAGUAUUUACUUCGGUUCAACAUACAUUUCUCACAUGCGUCGUUUAUACAUCUUUGAUUUCAAGAAACAUACAGCGUGAUAAUCAAAUAAAGAUUAUGAUACGAAUAUGUUUGCUCAUAACACGAUUUAUAUAAAGCAAAGGCUGAAGCGGUUUGGUUGUUCAUUAAGAAUUUAAUCACAGGCUAACCAGACCCUGAAUAUGUUUAAAAGUCAUCAAUAUGACGGGCUAUGUUGCUGGAUGCAGAGGUGUAAACCGAAUAAAAUCAACUUAUUUUGUUUCUUUCUCACCGAUAACGCUGCAUUAAGAGUGUUUACUUAUAAUAAUUAAAAUGUAUGUAAUUAUUCUAUAUACGUACUUAUACGCAUAAAUUAUCAUAAUUGAACACCCCAAGUACUGGAGAUUUUGAAGUUAUGUGACCGGCCGAUACCAGGGCCAUUUUCGUUGACCGGAAGCAAAAUGCCCUGGGUACGAGGUUGAGACUUAAAGCAGUUUAUUCUUACAGUCAACAGUUGUCAAGAUCCAGGCACGCCAUGGAGAGGAAACAAGAAAGGAAUUCUACAAGUUGGAAAAACGCUCCACUUCUCAUGUGAUCAGUGCUACCAACUUAAAGGUAGCCCAAAUAGAACAUGUCAAUCUGAUCAUAGCUGGUCGGGUCGUCAACCCACAUGCACUGGUAAGCUUCGUGGAAAUCACUUUUUCGUUUUUACUCCUGAGUUUUCAGUUUGCAGCAAUUUUCUACUUUAGCGCCGAAUGAUUUCCAUAAAUUAACAGUGGAAUAGCCAUGGCGGUUGUGUGAGUCUCUCGUCAUAACCGCCAGUACUGUUCUUGUGAAAAAAUGAAAUCCGGGUAAAUGUGAGGAGGGGCUAUGUCUGGAUUAACGCUGAGAUAUGUUAUGGGUUUCGGGAUGAUAGUCUUUCUUCAAAACUCGUCUUAGAAUGCGAGAAAUGCUGUUCUAUAGAUACCCUGAUUCCAGAGGUUUAUUUUUAUUAUUUUCAUUGCGAAAGGGAGAGGAAAAAUAAACCUCUGGUUGAAAGCGGCAAUUGAUUCAUCGAGCUGCGCCAAUCAGUUUGAAUUAGGGUCAGAUCCUGACUCUGUCUCUUGAUUGGAUGAUUGUAUUAAAGCUCUCUGAUUGAUUCAAAUAAAACAUCUAUAACCAAUCAGAGAGCUUUAAUACAAUCAUCCAAUCAUCCUAAUUCGAACUGAUUGGCGCGGCUCGAUGAAUCAAUUGCCGCUUUCAACCAGAGGUUUAUUUUAAACCUGUGGAACCAGGGUAUUCUACAGACAACACAGCUGAAGUUCAAAGUUUUGUAUUUGUCCAAAUAGAAAUGAAUUAAGUUUUAGAAAAUAGUCUCUGAAAUCCUGAAUUGGACAGCCCCAUAUGCUAUCGUAUUUUACUGAGAUACAGUAACACUGCAAAUAGUUCCUGAGUAUAAUAAUUAUACCAACAGUCACUCAAACUUUGCGUAAAAUAUCUCAAAUUUAUGAGAAAAUUUACUCAAACGUUUUUAGUAAAAUUUCAAAUUUACUUCAUCUUUUGAGUUUAAGAUUUACUUUACUAAAAAGAAUAAUAAGAUAAUUUGCACAUAAAUUUGAAUAAUUUUACUCAAUAUUAUGAGUCACUGUUGGUGUAUUGUUUUACGCAAGAAUUUUUUAGUAAAAUUGUUUUUGCAGUAUUCACUAUUUUACAAUAUUUAGCUGUUCGAUGCAGCGAGUUGCAUCACCCUACAAAUGGAAGAAUAAUUGCAUAUUCAAGGUACUGCGGAAGAAAACAAACAGAAUUUUUAUGUUAUUCUGGUUAUCAGUUAAGAGGUUCAAGAAGAAUAACUUGUCAGAGUGACGGAAGCUGGUCUGCAGCGAGUCCGACCUGUGUCG